AAUUAUUAGUGCUUGCCAACGCCGUUCUUAAUUCUUGUCUGCGCAGAUCUUUGCAUUGUUAAUUCAAAAAAAAAAGAUUACAAUAAUAUUCCCAGCGGUUUUACAUUUGCAUAAUACAUUAUUGUUGUCUGAUAAAUAAAAAAAUAAGUAAUAAAAAGAAAAGUUUAAGGUUUCCUAAAUCAAAAAAGUAAAGAAAAACAGCAAUGUCGGAAAAACCAACAGUUUUAUUAUUGGGAGGUUGCGGUUUCAUUGGACGCAAUUUAUUAACGUAUUUAGUGGAGAAUGAUUUGUCACAGGAAAUACGUGUAGUUGAUAAAACGCCUCCACAGAUGGCCUGGCUGAAUACAAAACAAUCGAAAGCCUUUGACAACGAAAAAGUUGAAUUUUGCAGUGCCAAUCUGAUAAAUCAAAAUUCCUGUAAAAAUGCUUUUGCACCACACCCAACAACUGGUCGUUCGUGGGAUUUGAUAUUUAAUUGUGCCGCUGAAACUCGUCCCAAUCAAACAGAUGCCGUUUACAAGGAGGGCAUUCUAAAAUUGAGUCUUAACUGUGCCAAUGAAGCCGUAAAUAUUAAGGCUCAGCGUUACAUUGAAUUUAGCUCGGGAUGUGUAAACAGCUCUGAAAAGUAUGCCUUAAAAGAAGAUUGCAAACAUGAUCCCUGGACAGCUGUUGCAAAAUAUAAACUAAAAGUUGAAAAAGAAUUACAGGCAAUGGAGAACUUUGAUUAUACUGUUGUACGUUUGCCGGUUGUAUAUGGUUUUGGUGAUAAGCGUUAUUUGAUGCCACGUAUCAUAAUUGCCGCCAUUUACAAACAUUUAAAUGAGACUAUGAAACUCUUAUGGAAUGAUGCUAUGAGAAUAUCAACAGUACAUGUUGAUGAUGUUAGUGCUGCCGUUUGGGAUUUGGCUACAAGUCCGAAGGCUAAACGUGAGACGUAUAAUAUAGUUGAUGACGCUGAAUCUACACAGGGGACGAUUAGUGAUAUAUUAGCUGAAAUAUUCUCCAUUAAUAUUGACUACUUUGGCAUAGUAAUGUCAAAUCUUACUAAGCUAAGUCUUUCCGACACCGUAAGCGAAAUUAACGAUAAACAUUUAUCGCCAUGGGCGGAAAUUUGCCAACAAAAUGGUUUAACCAAUACACCACUCACACCAUAUUUGGACGAAGAGCAGUUAUAUCAUAAGCACUUGAAUUUGGAUAAUACGAAACUAAAAGAAUUUGGCUAUCAAUUAAAACAUCCCAAAGUUACUACUGAUCUUGUCAAGGCCAUGGUAGAUGAUUAUAUUGAACAGAAAUUAUUUCCUAAAUCAUUAAUUUUCUAAAGUGUUGGCAACACCAUCAUCUCGAUACUCUGAUAUAUUAGUUAGGAAUUUAAUAGGAGUGCUGUGCUAGAAUCGAUAGACUGCACCUCGUUUUUGUGGGUUACAAUUAAUUUUUUUAUAUUAGAUAUUUUUUUAAAAAGACAUUUGAAUAUUAUAUAUAGAUAGGUAUACACAUUUAUGAAAAAAAACACUUUUCUCUUAAAAGUAGAACUAGUUGAACGGAAAAAUUGCCACAAAGUAUAUUAUUUGGAUAACAACUUUACGUUCAAUUAGUUGUGACUUAACUCAAUAUAUUUUCUUUAAAAAAAUUGUAUGUAUUAAAAAUUUUUAUAUGAUUGUACCUAUUUGGCUUUUUCCAAACUACAACUCUAUAACAAACCUCUUCCCUCCCUUAAAGUGUACUUAUAGUAUUAUUGUUGUCAUGAAUGUAUUAUUUUCAAAAAUAUUGAAUUAAAAGCGCCUCUGUAAUUUGAUAUUUAAAAUAUUAUUUUGAUAUUAACGCUUUAUUUCAAAUAAAUGAUAUUAAAAAUUAUUAAAUUUAAA